AUGAGUUUCCCCGGCGCGACACCUGGUAUGGGGGGUUUGGGAGGAAACCAAACAGCAGGAAUGUCCGAGCAAGAACAAGCCAUGGUCAAGAUGAUGCAAGCUGGCAUGGAGUCAUGUCCUGUCAAAACUGUGAUCGCUGGUGGAAUGGGUUUCGCACUUGGUGGUGCUUUCGGUCUCUUCAUGGCCAGUAUGUCCUACGAUUCGCCCUUGACGCCCCAAGGUCGCGAAAUUUCUCACCUCCCCUGGCGCGAGCAAGUCCGCCGCGGCUUCAAAGACAUGGGAAGCCGCUCCUUUUCUUCUGCGAAGAACUUUGGCAUUGUUGGUGCGCUGUACUCUGGCACAGAAUGCUGCAUCGAAGGUCUCCGCGCCAAGAAUGACCUGACAAAUUCGGUUGCUGCCGGAUGUUUGACUGGUGGUAUCUUGGGUGCAAAGGCGGGACCUCAGGCUGCUGCCUUCGGUUGCGCUGGCUUUGCGGCUUUCAGUGCUGCUAUUGAUGCUUAUAUGCGUAUGCCCUCGGAUGAGUAA